AACGUCCUCUUCACGGAUAGUAGUUUGCCUCCGAAAAGUGUGGGAGUAAGAGUAGUACAGAGAAACAGGGAGAGAGAAAGAGAGAGAGAGAGAGAAGGAACCCGGUCUUUCGGUCCUUCGAAGCAUUUAACGCGAUUCUCUCAGUCGAAGACAGCAAUCGAAAGUGUGAGCUCGAGUUGUGUAUCGUUGAUUUCGUUAUCGCGAUCUAAACGUCGCGUGACGAUUACCUAAAAGGGUCAAACAGGUAGAGUCGACGAUUUUCUUCGUGAUUACAUCGAUCUGCCAUUUCGAAAAUGCAGAUCAAAAGAAUCGGAUGGUGUUUGAUUUGGAGCAUUUUUUUAACCUACCACGUGGGCAGCGAGAACACGGACUCGUCGGAAUCAAAUGAUAUUCUACUUUUCACUGUUGCCUCAAAUGAGACUGAUGGUUUCAAGAGAUAUAUUCGAUCCACGGAGGUCUACGGAUUUCGUGACCGCGUACGGGUUCUUGGUUUAGGAAAGGAAUGGAGAGGGGGUAAUGUUAAAACCAGUCGAGGUGGUGGAUAUAAGAUAAAUCUCUUCAAAGAUGCAUUAAAGAAGUAUCAUGAUGAUAAGGAGAGAAUCGUCAUCUUUACGGACAGUUAUGACGUUAUAUUCCUAACUCCGCUUUCCGAAAUCAUCGAGAAAUUUAAAGAAACCGAAGCACGAAUACUCUUCUCAGCGGAAGGUUCCUGUUGGCCAGAUCGGAGUUUAGCUUCAAAAUAUCCACACGUAACAGGGGGAAAGCGUUAUUUAAACUCCGGUGGUUUUAUGGGCUACGCCUUCGACAUUUUUGCCAUUUUAAACACUGCUACGCUCGAAGACCAUGAAGACGAUCAACUGUUUUAUACGAACAUUUAUCUCGAUGAAGAAUUGAGAGAAAAGCACAAAAUUAAACUCGAUCAUAAGUCUGAAAUAUUCCAAAAUCUUUAUGGUGCAGUAGCCGACGUCGAAUUGAUAUUCAAGGGGCAAGAGGCUUAUCUUCAAAACACAGUGUACAAUACAAUACCUUUGAUAGUACAUGGUAAUGGUUACAGUAAGCUAGCUCUGAACUCUUUAGGAAAUUAUUUGGCACGUGCCUGGAGUCCUGAAGAAGGAUGUUUGAAUUGUUGGGACGAUGUGAUCGAAUUGGAUGUUAAAAAACCUGAUGCAUUUCCAAUUAUUUUGGUCGCAUUGUUCGUAGAUAUACCAGUACCAUUUUUAGAAGAAUUUUUAUUAUCCGUUUAUCGACAGACCUAUCCAAAAUCUAAAUUGCAUCUUUUCAUUCACAAUAAUGUUCCUUAUCACGAGCAGACAAUACAAGAAUUUAUCGAUACUAUUGGAGAAGAAUAUUUGAGCGUCAAACAAAUUUUUCCGAGCGAUGAUAUAGAUGAAGUCCAUGCGAGAAAUUUGGCAAUGGAUUACUGCUUAUUGAAAGACUGUACUGGAUACUUUUCGGUCGAUGCUAUUGCCCAUCUUGAUAAUGAACAUGCCUUGAAAUUAUUGGUCGAACAACAAAGAAAUAUCGUCGCUCCCUUGCUUGUUAGACCGUACAAAGCAUGGAGUAAUUUUUGGGGUGCUAUUACGGACGAUGGAUUCUAUGCUCGUAGCUUUGACUACAUGGAAAUUGUUAAAAAUGAACGUAGGGGUUUGUGGAAUGUACCAUUCAUUAGUAAUUGUUAUUUGAUCAAUGCCACACUCAUAAAGAACAAGGCAACACGUCCUUCCUAUUCGGUCGACGAUUUGGAUCCAGACAUGGCUUUUGCAUAUAUCAACAGAGAACGUUACAUUCACAUGUAUGUUAGUAACAGAUUAGAUUUUGGACAUUUGGUUGAUCCAGAUACCUACAAUAUCAAAUUAACGCAUCCAGAUUUCUAUCAAAUAUUAGAUAAUAAGUUCGAUUGGGAGAAAAGAUACAUACACGAAAAUUAUAGUCUGAAUUUUCAUCCGAAUCAUCAAUCCCAACAGCCGUGUCCAGAUGUUUAUUGGUUCCCUAUUGCUAAUAGACGAUUUACUAAAGAGCUGAUCAAUGUUGUAGAAACGUAUGGUCAUUGGUCCGACGGUACAAACCAUGAUCCAAGAUUAUCAGGUGGUUAUGAGAAUGUACCAACUCGCGAUAUACAUAUGAAUCAAAUUAACUUUGAACCACAAUGGUUGUACUUUUUAAAAGAGUAUGUUAGACCCUUACAGGAGUUAGUAUUCACGGGAUAUUAUCACGAUCCACCACGCGCCAUAAUGAAUUUCGUUGUUCGAUAUCGACCAGACGAACAACCAUCGUUAAGGCCGCAUCAUGAUAGUUCGACGUAUACAAUUAAUAUUGCUCUUAACGAAGUUGGAGUCGACUAUGAAGGCGGUGGAUGUAGAUUCAUCCGAUAUAACUGUUCGGUUACCGAUACGAAACCUGGAUGGAUGUUAAUGCAUCCUGGAAGACUGACACAUUAUCAUGAAGGAUUGAAAGUAACCAAGGGUACUCGUUAUAUAAUGAUUUCUUUUGUUGAUCCAUGACAAGUUUAAAAGAAGAAAACUAUAAGUUCCAUUUAGGUUUGUAUAAGUAUAUCAAUUAAAUGUGUUCUUUUAACGUUGAAUUGACGAUACAGUGAUACAAAAUCGUCCAUGUAUUAUUUUUAUAAUGUGUUGUACCAUAAUUGUAAAUGCACAUACUUCAUUCAUGACAAUGUUGACUGAAUGUUUAUACAGAUUAAUGCAAAUCGUAAAUGCAAUAUUGUAAUAUAUAAUGCUAAAUUGUU